CAUCCCACAGCGUGAUGCAGCGCAUGUAGAUGGAGCAGACAGAUGCGCCCUGCUGUCCACAAUGGCAGCGGCCCUGCGGGCCGCUGCUGACAAAGGCGACAUCGCUGAGGUAAGCAGGCUCUUAGAGGUGCAGGAUGCUGCAACCCUUCGCAAGAUCAUCAAUUCUCAGGACUCCGAGACAGACUUGGCUCCCUUGACCUUGGCUGCAGCGGGUGGGCACCAGAAUUGUGUGGCCGCGCUGUUGGCUGCCCGUGCCAACCCCGAUCUUUCCGUGGAAGAUGCUGGCAACCGCACAGCCUUGCAUAUGGCGGCGUACGAUGCCCACGUUGAGGUUGCGCAGCUUUUGCUGGAAGCGCGAGCUGAUGCAUGCUUAAUGAGUUCGGGAGGAACACCCAGUGAUAUUGUCAGCCAAAGGGCCAAAGAGUGGCGAAUUGGAGGUGGUGAUGGCGAAGAGGACAUUGACCGCUUGAACAAGAUCCUGGCAUUGUUGAGCGGUGCUGAUAGAUAGUACAAAGACCAACAUGUUGACAAGCCUUUGCUGUUUAAACAUCUUCAGGCAAUUGCAUGUUUCACCGGGAUUGGCUGCGUGCAGUGGCUCCAAAAGGUUUUUGAGCGAUCAUCAUCAUCAUCAUCAUCAGCAUCAGCAUCAGCAUCAGCAUCAUCAUUGCCAUCGUCAUCGUCAACAAACAAAGCAGAAUCAGCGGCCUGUUACGGCCGUUGGCACAGUCACUCACUAUGUCAACGUAUUCAGGACAUAUAUAUAUAUACACAAUAGUUGUUAUUACUGUAUAUAUAUAUCUAUGAUUUUCAUUGAAGAUUUU